ACAGUUCACAGUUUAGAGUAACUAUAAAUGGCCUGGUUUUUCCUCCUAUUCACAUUGCUUUGUCUUAAAGCUGAUUUCAGUGACAAUGUGCUGAUCACUCAAUGGCCAAAGUACAUCUCUACUCUUCCAGGCUCUCCUGUGGAAAUGCACUGUUACCAGAAUGACACAGACUAUGACUACAAAUACUGGUACAGGCAAAUAAAAGGUGAAAGGCCAGUGCUAAUUGCCAGCUACAUUGUUAACUCUCCCUCACCUGAGAAAGGUUUCGAGACUGGCUUUACAUUGACAGGGACAGAGACAAAGAAAUGGACCCUGACAGUGGACGUUAAGGAGGGGAGUGAUGCUGUGUAUCUGUGUGCUGCUAGUUUACACAGGAACACAAGAUGUGCGAAUGUUCAGCAGAAGUUGCACUUACUGGCCAACAAGAAUAACAGAUUAGAGAUAAAGUGUAGUCUUGAUGACAGUGGCAUGUUAAAUAUGUUUUGGUAUCAGCAGAAGGAUACAGCCAUGGUCCUAAAUGGGUACAACUAUGGCAUGAGUGAGCCCAACUAUGAGGACAAAUAUUCUAAUUUGAAAGUCAGUCAACCAGAAAAUAUAACAGUUACUGCGCUCUCUGAAAAGGAGAAAUGUAAGAAGUUCAUCACUCUUGUAUGUGUGGUCAUGAACUUCUACCCAGAUCAUCUGCAAAUAAACUGGAAAAUUGGAGGCAAAAAAGUAGCCGCCGGUGUGGCAACAGACAAUGAAGCUACCAAAAAAACAAAUGGAAGAUUUGACAUGUCCAGCAGACUCAAAGUCUCAAAAGAGAAAUGGAACAAAGCAGAAAACAUAUUUACCUGCAUAUAUUCUUUCUAUAAUGGAAGUGAAUAUUUGACUGAUUCAUCCAGCGUUAAUGGAAUUAAAGGUAGCGGAUUUGACCGAGGGUUCAACUGGCAAGUGAAUACACUGAAACUCAUGAAAUCACGGAUUGAAGAAGUUGCCAACUACGCAAAACUAGAAUUUGGAGAAGGGACCAAACUAACAGUUCUGGCUGCAAACAUCUCAAAGCCCAAAGUCAAGGUCCUACCACCUUCUCCAAGAGAGAUCUGUUCCCAAAACAAGAUAGACAAAACUUCAACUUUGGUGUGUGUAGCCACUGACUUUUAUCCUGAUCAUGUCCAUGUAACCUGGCAAGUAAAUGGCAAAGACAUAAAGACCAAAGUGGCAACUGACCUUACACCCCAACAAGACAAGAGUAAAUUACAGUACAUUAUCACCAGCAGAAUGAAAGUUGAUGAUGCAGACUGGAUGAACCCCAAAAAUAUCUUCACCUGCACUGUUCAUUUCUACAAUGGAAAGCAAUACAUCAAUGUCCGAUACAGCAUAAGAGGCCAAAAAGUAAAUCUGAGGUCACUGAACACGGUUGGCAUUGGCUACAUCCUGUUCCUCUCCAAGAGUGUGCUGUACGCUCUGAUUGUGGGCGGUCUGAUGUGGAAACUCAAGUUUUCAAUAAACGGAAAAUAAUUACCAGAGGACUGAGAUACAUUUGUCAUCAUCUUCACCACUGAGAGAUCAGAGCUGUUUUUACGUCAUAUUUGCGAGAUGCUUGUUUGCUGUAUUUUAUUUGAUUCAUGCUUAUAAUUGUGUAGCAGUGUUUGCUUUUGAGAUUGUAUGCCUUCAAAGUCAUAUCUUAUCAUAUUUCAUGAAAAUAUAAUAAAAUAUGAAGAAUUUCCCUCAAAUCUGGACACUUCCUUGUUAGUUUAGCACACAUAUCAAGUAUUAACUCAUAAACUGACUGGUUAAGCUAAAGCUAUAAGCAGGAAAACGCAACUAAUCAUGAGAAGAAUUAGAAGAAACAGAAGAAUCCGACUGAGCUUUAUUGCCAAGUAUGCUUACACAUACAAGGAAUUUGUCUUGGUGAGACAAACCUGCUGUUCAGGUAAAAUGCAAAACUACCAAAAUAUUUUCUUCUUUUUGUUCUUGGCAUUUUGGAUUCUACUUUUUUGCUAUGACUAAAAUAUUAUUUAUUGAACUGCAUCCUUUGCUUUACGAGAAAGAGAGAAUAUUUGCAUCUGUUCUUCACAGUGGAAAAUUUGCACAUUUGGAAAAUGUGGGUGUGUUAUCUCAGUUAUGUAAGAAAAUUCCAUUGAAUCAAGAAAAAUAAGACAUUGUAUGACCUGUGACCUCUAAGUUUUCUCAUGAUGUGAACUCUAAAGCUUUACAAAGAUAACUGUUUUUUUGUUUUGUUUUUUAAAUUUCCUGGAACAAGACAAAGUAAAAAGUACUAAGAACUGUGAAACUGCAACUGAAAUAACAUUUGCAAAUAACACCGACUAUAGACAAACAAAUAGAGAGUCUGAGCAUUUAAGACAUUUUUGAGUGAAUUUUAUCCUGAUGCACCUCCAUACUUAAUUCUAAUAAUUACAUAAAUAUAUAUUCU